UCGCUACUCUGUAAAGACAGAAUCGUGGAUCCAUUUCGUCCCACCAUUUCUCUCUCUCUCUCUCUCUCUCUCUAAACUCCCUUAGGCCUUAACUCUGCAGAACCGGAACAGGCCUCUCUCUCUCUCUCAUCCCUUUUCUGCAUCAACUCUUUCCUUUCAUACCCUUAUGUCAGCUUUAGAUAUUCUCCUCUUUCUCUCUCUCUAAAACGAUGCACCAUCUCUCUCUCAUCAGAUCUAACCCCAACCCACUGUCCCAACCCAACCAAUCGUUCCAUCCUCAUGUUCUCCUUCACUAGGGUUUCUCUCUCUCUCUCUCUCUCUCUCUCUCUCUCUCUCUCAAUCCCAUUUUAGGGUUUCCUCACUUCCUCAUCCCCAACUUGAUCUGAAAAUUUCAUAACUAAAUCCAGAUCUCCUCCUCUCUAUCUAAACUCUCUCUUUAUAUAUAUACAUAUAUAGAUUCGCAUUCUAUAUCUAUAUAUAUAUUUGUUUUCUUCCGAUGUCUUCUCUUCGCCAAGAUCUAACCUCCAAAAUCUACCCAGAACCCUACGCUUCCGUCUCCGGCAUAGACCAUUUCGAUCGACUGCCAGAUUCUCUGCUCCUUUUGGUGUUCAACAAGAUCGGCGACGUCAAAGCCCUCGGCAGAUGUUGUGUCGUUUCGCGGCGAUUUCACAGCUUGGUCCCUCAGGUGGAGAACGUUGUAGUUCGUGUUGAUUGCGUCAUCUCCGACGACGAUGCUUCGUCGGCGUCUGGAUCAUCCGAUAAAUCGCGCGGUCCGUUUUCGAACCUUUUUCGGCUUGUGUUUGGUGGAAUUGUGAAACCCCUUCAAGCGCUAGGUCAAUUCUUGGGCCCCAAAAGGUUGAACUUGCCGUCGUCCUCACUCUCUGUUGGUACUGGGGCUUCCGGUGGCGAUGACGACGAUCUUGACCAAGGUGGGGUGACCCACCAUUCGCCUACCCAGGUUUUGAAAAAUUUCAAUGAGAUUCGAUUUCUCCGGAUCGAACUUCCAAGUGGCGAAUUGGGUAUUGAUGAUGGUGUUUUGUUGAAAUGGAGAGCAGAUUUUGGAUCGACGCUCGAUGAUUGUGUGAUCCUCGGUGCUUCAUCGGUGAUAUACCCCGGACCCACGAAGUAUUCGAUCUCACAAGACAACAAUGGUGAUGGUUUUUGCGGUAACGGUUACGGUAAUGGUGGUGGCAGUGGAGACGAUAAUGGGAGUAUACCCGAGUCUUUUUACACGAAUGGGGGUCUGAAAUUAAGAGUGGUUUGGACGAUCAGUUCGUUGAUUGCUGCAUCAGCGAGGCAUUACCUGCUUCAGCAGAUAAUUGCAGAGCACAAGACUUUGGAAAGCUUGGUUUUGGCGGAUGCUGAUGGACAGGGGGUGCUGUGUAUGAAUAGAGAUCAGCUGGAGGAGUUGAGGGUGAAGCCCUUAUCUGCUUCAUCGGCAUCGAAACGAACCCUUGUGCCGGCUCUGAACAUGAGAUUGUGGUAUGCCCCUCACUUGGAAUUGCCGGAUGGGACUGUGCUGAAAGGGGCGACAUUGGUUGCAAUUAGGCCCAGUGAGCAGUCGGCCCCGAAGAAGGAGGUGGCAGACGGGUCUUGGGUUUCGGCCGCUUUUGAGGAGCCAUAUGGGACAGCAGCAAAGAUGCUGGUGAAAAGGAGAACAUAUUGUCUUGAGAUGAACUCAUUCUGAUGAGACACAAUGCUGGAUGAGGAAAAUCACAGUUCUUUACUGAAAAGGGGAUUUGUAUAUUUCGGAACAUCAAGGAAACACAAUUUUGUCUGCAUGCAGCUUAAUGUGAAGCUUAAUGUGAGUGCGGUGUUCCAUCAUACCAAAUAUUGCUUCCUACCUGCGACUGAAACUCCAGUUAUAGAUUGAUUAUGUGCUGUAAAUGUGUCAUCAUCUGUGCUUGACUGGUGUAUGAAAUGCAUCUGCUUUUUUGUUUUCAUUACGGGGAUAUGCUUGUAAGAGUGAAUGCAUGCAAACUAGAUUGAUGCUGUAAGAGCUUUGAGCCUUCGAGUUUGUACUCAUUUACAUUUCUCAAUUAAUAUCUAUAUAAAUGUGAAUAUUGUAGGUA